CCUGCCGGAGAGGACGAUGCUUCUUCUCUUGUUCGUGCUGACUCGUACGUUUCUCCCUCAGAUGGUCCUUACGGCAUUUUCGCGGGCCGGGAUGCUUCGCGGGGCCUGGCCACCUUCUGCCUGGAGAAAGACGCCCUGUGGGACGAGUACGACGACCUGUCGGACCUCAACGCUGUACAGAUGGAGAGCGUGAGGGAGUGGGAGAUGCAGUUCAUGGAAAAAUACGACUACGUCGGGAGGUUGCUGAAGCCGGGAGAUGAGCCGUCGGAGUACACGGACGAGGAGGACAUCAAAGACCACCUGAAGCACGACUGAGCGGUUCUCCAUCACACCGACCAAAGCCAGGAGCCCCCAAACAGCUGCGACAGACCUCCACCUACCUGCCCCGUCCACCCACCUGCCCCCCCCUACUCCCCAAAAACUCUUCACCUCCUGGACCUGUCCGGUGUCUUCGUGGCUGCUCUGGAAGGACUCAAGUCUCAACGCCCAGACCUCCCUCCCUCUGGACCACCAACAGGAAGCGGUUGAAAACCUUUGGACGAGGGCUUUUUUUUUUUUUUAAAUGACAGAAAACAUGGACGUGGGGGGGCUGGUUUGUGCCAUUUAGAUGUAUUUGAAACAAAACCACAAAAUAUUAUUAGUCAUUUCUCCAGAAGGCGGGGGGGGGGGGUCAUGGGUGGAUCGGGGAUGGAUUCUCUCUUUUUUUUUUAUCUAGGGUUAGUCACGCCGCACCUGAAGCUGCUUCAGCGUCGGACAGCUUAUCAAUCAACCUGUCUGUUCUUUGUUUGAAUCAUUUCUCCCGUUCAGAGCGCAGCGCUGAGACCUGAGAACCAGUGCUGAGGAGACUGACGGGGCGUCACAUCUUCCUGUUGUGUUUGUAGUGAUCGCACUACUAGUUUUCUUUGUUUGUCACCAUGUGAUUGUAUUUGUUGAGUAGCAUAGAGGGAGGGGGGGGGGGGGGGCAUUUUUUUUUGGGGGGGCUUAGGGGGGGUUUAAAGGUCUUUGCCAUAUGAAACCUGUUUUGAAUGACGUUAGACAGACAGAAUCACUGAUCGGGAAUACAAAGGGAAUGUGAUGACGGCAGUCCUAAUCAAUCGACUCAAUUGUUUACAUGCCUCACAAGCCGGCUGCAAGUCUGUAGAUUCCCCUGAGAAAUGGUCCAAGUAUUAAUUGUGCCUUAUUUAGUUUGUGGCGUCGGUCCUGAGCGUUGUAACGGAGGAGGGAUGGAGGUGUCGCUUUGCUUUCUAGACUCGGUCCCCCAAACGUCGUGUCAGUCGUCAGCACAGACAGUAAUAUUUCCCACUUCACAGACUUUGUAAAUAGACCGUAUGAAUUACUCAGUGUUACUGCCAUAUUUAUGUAGUUGAUGAACUCCAGAUAUGUCUCAUGCUAUGUCGUACUGGCCAAAACCCCCACAGUUUGUUUUUUGUUUUGGUCCCCCCCCCCCAUAAACAACAACAAAAGGAGUGUUCAAAGUGCUGCAGGGAGGGACCGGGAGCUGUUCUUGCGAGUUUUGUUCGGAGACGUUGCUUAUCCUGUAAAUAUAUCUAUCAUUUUAUUAAAGCAUGUGCAACAACAAAGUGAGCUAUGCCGAAUUCCCACCACGUCAUGUAUUUAAAUGUUGGGUGUGUGUGUGUGUGUGUGUGUGUGUGUGUGUGUGUGUGCGUGUCUGCGUGACAGAGGCAGGAAGGGAUUUGUUCAUGCAUAAUAAAUCGAUUUGGUUAAUAAUUGAA